AUGUCCUAUCCUCCACCCAACUACGGCCACGGCCACCCCCAAUACACCCAGCCCCCGCCUCCGCAGGGCUACCCCGCCGGUCCCUACCCUCCGUCCUCCUAUCCCGCACCCGGCCCCGGUCCCUCGCACGGCCAUCCCAUCCCAGCGCCCUACGGUCACAGCGGCGGCAGUCCCGCGCCCCCUGGAAGCGCCGGCGGAUACCCUUCUCCCGCGUCGCAUCCCUCCCAAUCGCCGUACCAGCCGCCGCCGGGCCCCUACCAGCAAUACCCUCCGCAACCAGGCCAUCCCGCCCAACCCCCAUACCAGCAAGGCCACCCCGCGCCAUACGGCCAGGCCCCUCCGCCCUGGGGCGCCGCUCCCCCGCCCGGUCAAUACGGAACACCCCCUCCUCCCCACGCCGCGCCGUACCCCCCGCAAGGCGCAUACCCACCGCAAGGAUACCCUCAGGGCUACCCGCCUGGCCCGCCUCCAGGAGCAUACGGUGCACCAGGCGGCUACCCACCAGCAGCACCAGUCCCAGCCCCUCCAUCACUAGGCUACGACCCCGACCAGCGCGCAUCCGGCGACGCAAGCAAAGAAGCCGAUGCCCUGCGCAAGGCAAUGAAAGGCUGGGGCACAGACGAGAAGAUGCUGAUCGACGUGCUGGCCAAGCCAGACCCGCUCGUCAUGUCGUUGAUCCGACACACAUACAUGAACAAGCACGGGCGGAACCUCGAGAAGGACCUGAAGAGCGAACUGUCCGGCGACUUCGAGAUCAUCAUGCUCUCUCUCGCGGCGGGCCCAUUAGGCCAAGACAUCGCGUACCUCCGCGAUGCCAUGUCGGGCAUCGGGACCGACGAGACGGCCAUCAACGACGUGCUGAUCGGCCGCUCGAACGCGGACCUCCGCGCCAUCAAGUACGGCUAUGUGCAGCGGUACAACAAGGCGCUCGUCGACGACAUCAAGAGCGAUCUCUCCGGCAAGACGGAGAAGUUUUUCCUCAUGCUCCUUAACGCGGCGCGCCCGGAGCGCGGGACGUACUUUGACCAGGCGAGCGUCGACAAGGACGUGCACGAGCUGCACCUCGCGACGAACGCGAAGACCGGCACCGACGAGCUCAGCGUCGCGGCGGUGUUCCUGGCCGCGAGCGACCAGAAGCUCGCGGCCGUCUCGCAGGCUUUCGAGGCAAAGUACCACAUCUCGCUGGAGAAGACGAUCAAGGAUGAAUUCAGCGGGCAUCUGGAGAAAGCGCUCCUUGCGAUUCUCGCGCGCUCAAAGGACCCGCUUAAGUUUGAUGUUGAGACCAUGCUGCAUAUUGUGCCGCCGGGUGGUGCGAAGGCGGAUAUCAAGAGGUUGAUUUACUGGGCUGUGAGGUUGCAUUGGAACCCGCCGUAUCUGGUGCAGGUUAAGGAGGCGCUGCAGGUGCGGACGGGCAGUGAUUUUGGACGCAGGAUUCGGGGCGCUUUGCCGUCUGGGGAUUUGGCGGAGGCCGUGCUGCGGGUUUGGUCUUGA